GCGCAAGUUUGGCACGAGGCCGCGAGAGGCAGCGAGCUGACGUCAAAGGCUUCCUCUUCCUCGCGUCUCAGCGGUAUAUAAGCGCUGCAGACCGCGGCCAAACACAGAAGCCAUUCACUGUAGAGUGGACAAACGGAACUUUUGAAGAACCACGGCCACCAAGUAGACUGAAGACAGGACAAGGACCAACUUUUAAACUUUUUUUUUCUUGUUUACGUUCGUUUUUUUCAUGGGAAGACGCUAGCCGGAACAAAAAGCUCUCCGCUUCAUAGAGUAGUUCGGACAAGGCUUCUUCGUACCCGGUCAGACGUCCUCCGUACAAGCUUUAUGUAUUUGGAUCUAACAUUUCUAUCCCGCCGUCCUACUAUGGUCAUAAUGGAGGUCCCCACCAUCGACUGUGCGGCCCUCCGUGGUCUGCUGGAGGGCGACGUCCCGGCCUGUCUGCUGCUCGACUGUCGCUCCUUCCUGUCCUUCAACUCGUCCCACAUAUCGGGCUCCACCAACGUGCGCUUCAGCACCAUCGUGCGCAGGAGAGCCAGGGGGGGUCUGGGGCUCGAGCACAUCGUCCCCAACGAGGACACCAGGCACCGGCUCCAGUCCGGGGAGUACCAGAGCGUGGUGCUGCUGGACGACCGCAGUUCGGACUUAAGCCAGGCGAAGAAGGACGGGACGCUGACGCUAGCUGUUGCCGCCCUGUGCCGCGACCCCUGCGGCGCCACUGUCUUCAUCCUUAAAGGAGGAUUUGACACGUUUUCCAUCGAGUAUCCAGACAUGUGCACCAAGCCUUCCCCACCUCAGGGACUCCAUCUGCCUCUGAGCUCCAGCCAUCCUGAGAGCGCAGACCCAAACUGCAGCCCAUGCAACACCCCUUUAUAUGACCAGGGCGGCCCAGUAGAAAUCCUGCCUUUCCUCUAUCUUGGGAGUGCCUAUCAUGCGUCCAGAAAAGACAUGCUGGACAUGCUGGGGAUCACGGCGCUGAUCAACGUCUCCGCCAACUGCCCCAACCACUUCGAAGGCUCCUUCCUCUACAAGAGCAUCCCCGUUGAGGACAACCACAAAGCUGACAUCAGCUCCUGGUUCAACGAGGCAAUAGAGUUUAUUGACUCUGUGAGAAACAAAGGCGGCCGCGUGUUUGUCCACUGUCAAGCCGGCAUCUCCCGCUCGGCCACCAUUUGUCUCGCCUACCUCAUGCGGACCAACCGCGUGAAGCUGGACGAGGCCUUUGAGUUUGUCAAGCAGCGCCGCAGCAUCAUCUCCCCCAACUUCAGCUUCAUGGGUCAGCUCCUGCAGUUCGAGUCCCAGGUCCUGGCCUCGUCGACCUGCUCCUCGGAGGCAGGAAGUCCGGCUCUCGGCGGCAACAACAGCACUGUUUUCAACUUCCCCGUCUCCAUCCCUGUGCACACCUCAGCCGGCCAGCGGUCAUUCCUUCACAGUCCCAUCACGACGUCUCCCAGCUGCUGAGGACGGUGCUGCUCAGACUCGGACUGAUACUCAAACAGUGACUCUUGCAGUGAUAAUUGCACAAAACAUUGUCCUAGUUGUGGUUCAAGUAAAAGUGAUGCAGGUGUCACUAGAAAGGAUGGGACUCUGUAGGUUGGUCUUAUCAUUUCGAGGGGAGAUGCAAUGCCAGGUAGUAUUGAUGUUCCUAAAUGUGAAAGUUGCCCAGCUAUUGUCAUGGAUGACGCGGUAAAGGGCUGAAUCAGGAUGUGUCUGAGUAUUCUUGGUUUAUUUUCAUGAAGACAAACCGCUUUUGAUAAUCACAAUCAAACAUGGCACAGGAGUUACUGCUACAUUUGAUGAACAAAGAAUGUGUCCUCCCUUCUCUGUAUCUCGUGACGAGUUGAAUCAGGUUUUGGAUUCGCAUACCUGCAUUUCAGGACAAUAUGAUGCUUACACACUGGGGAAACCAACCGUUAAAUACCUCACGUUUCUGUACUGUACUGCAGUGCUGAGCCCCAGAAACCUCUAAAAAGGGGCGUCCAAGUCUUCAGUGUCUUUAUUCAAAUAUUUAUUGAACUAAAGUAAUAUAUUUCUUUACAUGUUUUUUUUUUAAUCUGUCUGUUUUUAAUGUUUUUAUACCGUUGAAUAAAUAUCAUUGGACUUUUUUUACUCAA